AUGAAAGAAAUUGCCAACAUUGGUCCAACUGACUAUAAUUAUGAUGAAUCACUUAGCACUUUGCGCUAUGCAAAUCGCGCCAAAAGUAUAAAAAAUAAUGCCCGUAUCAAUGAGGAUCCUAAAGAUGCUAUGCUGCGCCAAUUUCAGAAAGAGAUUGAAGUGCUCCGAAAGCAGUUAGAAGAAGGUUCCAUGUAUGUAUCUCGUGAUUAA